UGGUGACAAUAACGAUAGGCGCAGGUAACGAAGAUGGUGUUAUGUCCCACAGUAAAUCCCAGAGGAAAACGGUGUGUUGUGCGACGCUGUGUGGAACUGUGGUGUCAGCGGUGUUGGCCGACUGCUUGUGUGAGGGGUGAGCAGCAUGUGUUGUGACCUGGUCGCUGCCGGGAGCCAGAGGGCGGCUGCGGCCUCCUGUAGGAGGGGACGGGGCGGCCUAGCAGCACAGGUGCUGGGUGUGGUGGUCAUCUUGUGUGGGGCGGGGCGGGGUGUGGCGGCCACCACUACCCUCCCCACCUACAACGAGUACACCAUCUUGCUCCAUACUGUCGGUGUCAACACACGAGCUUUCAUCCAAGUGGACAACGAGCUCAAAUACCUGGUGGAUGGCGUGGCGAUACACAUGAAUGAGGGUAUGGUGCCAGUAGACCUGCUGCCGAGCCUGGCACAACACUGUUCCCACUACCUGGCCACACAUCCUCCCUCCAAGCCUGAGGACAACCUGCCGCCCCCCUGUCCCGGCCUGCAGCAGCGUCUGGACCUGCGGGACUGUGACCGUGCCCGGGGAGGACUACUGGAGCCCCAGGCCUGCCUCCACCUGCUGCACAACUCACCCCGUCCUCUCUCCCCGCCUCCCGACGACUCUUGCACUCUCGACGUCUGCUUCAACAAGCCCCUCCGAGCGCCCGAUUGCAUAAGUGUGCUGCUAGAUGCGGCGCCGAGGGAGGCAUGCGUCCCGCAGCACCUAGCGGAGGUGUUGGUGUACUCUGGGGAGCCUCGCCGCAGCUCGCAUUUAGAUCGUGUGCACCUCAUCCAUGUGCACGAUGCCUCGGAUGCAGGGAACCCGCCGCCCCUAGUGCUCCAUCUGCAACAGCAGUCUGGGCACCAGGGCACGCAGCGGGCGCCCCUGACGGCGUGUCCUGUGGUGGAGCUGCCCGCUCCCUGCCCCUCCAGCACGCAGUUACCGACGCAGUGUUCGCAAGAGCAGCGCCUGGCGUCGGCGGCGGCGGCCAUGUUGGGACACCAGUGCUGGAACAUGAGUGGGGAGGGGCCCCGGCCCGGGGUGGCCUGCCCACUCUCACCCCUCUGGUUGCCAUCCAAGAUUAUAAAAACUGCUGAAACAGAAAUAAGAUAUGGGGACAUCAUUGACGAUAAAGGCGUCCCUUCAAAAAAUUAUAUUGUUUUCGAUCCUCCACAUUUAGAUUUUAAAGAACAUCCAACAGGGAUGCCCCUCAUGAGGAAAGUUGUUGUGCAGAACAGCAGCCCAGAAAACAGUGUGCAGCUCCACUCGUUAUCGGGGAACACACUUCACUUCCACUGUACAUUUUUCCAAGAUAAGGUAGUGUUGCCGGGAGGAAACACCUCAUUCGACGUGGUGUUUUUGGGAAGGGAGGAAGGCCUCAUAGAAAACACUAUCUUCAUUCACACUUCCAUAGGCACAUACAAAUAUGGGGUUCGAGCAGUGGGAACAGGGAACCCCUACAGACUGAGGCCGCUGGUAGGGGUUCGCAUGCCUCUCAACUCUUCAUACUCCCCUUUAAUACAGUUGCACAAUCCACAUCCGCAUUCCUUACAGAUCACAGAGAUGUACAGCACGGGAGGAGACCUCCAUUUGGAGUUGUUGUCUGGUACACAGGAAGGCCAAAAGAAUGUCUGGAAUAUCCCGCCUUAUCACACACGGGCACUGAUGAGAGCUAAUUUUGUUGCCCGUAGAGAGAACAAUCAUACUGCGUAUGUCAGAAUUGUGACGAGUGAAACAGACAGUGACUACUUAGUUGUGCCAGUGGAGGUGGAGGUCUCUGGUCAACCGGGGCUCUUUUGUCCGCACGACGGCCUCCACUUCGGUCUCCGUACCCCUCACGACCCUCCCUCAUCCCUUCCCUUGCAUCUACUUAAUUCUGCUCACAAGCAUAUACACAUUCAAAAUGUGAUAACUACUCCGGUAAAUGAUGCAAUAACGAUUGACUUUAAGCCAAUGAAGAUACCCCCUGGGACAGUGAGACCCACACAAGUAGCGACAGUAACCUUUGAUCCUUCAAAAGUGACGAGUGGUAAGAAAAUCUCCGGGAAGAUCCUGAUUAAGAGUAAAGUAUCGGCUUAUAAGCUGAGUGUACCAUACACAGUAGACUUACUCCAAGGAGCUCUGCUAUAUAAUACAUCAAUAACAAAAUUUUACACAGGAGCAGAUGUUGGCUCUUCGGAAGUGCAAGCGGGAGUAUCUUUUGGAACAGUAGCGGGUGUCGUUGCUGCAGCUAGCGGGGGAGGUGGUACCAGCAACCCCAGCAGCGAGCCCCGCAACCUCACCCUCACCAACACCUUUCCUUGUCCUGUUGUCAUAUAUAAUUUAACACUUCCUGACGAAGCCAAGAAACAUUUUAAGAUUGGCUGGGAUGGUCCGGUAGUGGUGCAGGAGGGACAAAGUGUCCAUGUGGCGACGCUGCAGCUUCUCAGUGUUGGCACAGAUGCUCGGCUCUCCACUGCUAUCACUGUGCACACUAAUAUUACCACCAUCAAAAUUCCAUUAAGAGCAUAUAAUGGGAAACUCACAAGGUACAUUCCUCCAGUUGGUGGUGACUCAUGGUUAGACUUCGGGACGUUAGGCAUGGGUGAUCAGCGUGAUAUUUACUUUUAUGUUAUUAAUGAGAAUCCUGUAGAGCUUCGGUUGCGGGGCUGGGGGUCAAACUUAACACGGAGUGCGGUGGAGCUCAUGGGAGUUGAAGAAGGCAACGUGACUAGUAUAAAAAACCGCAACAACAUGACUUACGCCUCAAAAAGUUUAUUUUUGAAGCCUAACUAUUAUGCGGCAUUCAGAAUUGGAGUCCUUACCCCUGACACAGAAGGUAUAUUUGUAGCUGAGUCUUUCGUCCAGACACAAUUUGAGCAAAUCAAGAUUCCCUUUCGAUUACGUACAGCUGAUGGUUCACUAAGUGUGGUGCCAAACACGCUAAUAUUUAAUAAUGCUUUUCCUGGAAAAAUAUCUCAUCAAAAUUUACAUAUCCUAUCCACAUUCGGCCAUCCAAUGACGGUAAAAGAAGUUAAGCCCCUACCAGCGGACACGAGGUUUUCGUACGAACCUAGUCACAGUGCUCCAGCAACCCUCCAACCAGGCCAUAAAAGUCACAUUGGAAGGCUGGUGUUUGAUCCCAAAGUUGACUGUGGUACCGAGUGCUACACCGGCUUUCCACUGACUGGCAAAGCUGGCCAACAAUGGGUCAACACACUAUCCCUGACGUCACAUGUGGCAGACACUGACACUAGCCUUUAUUCAACGUUACGUAGUCGAUAUCUCAAUCUCUCGGCUGCAAUCUUCAAUACUUCAAUAGUGCUCCAUACAUCGGAGGUUCAUGGCUUCCACUUCACUGCACAGGCUGCAUUGAAGUGGCCUGUUUUGUGUUCACCUCAACACUUGACAUUCCCCUUAACUCAAGUGUUGAACACAAGCAUACACGACGUGUUUGUGGAGAACCCAGCCAGUGUGCCGGUGGUGGCCCAGAUACUGCUGCUGCAUCACUAUCCGGCAACGCAGCAGCUCCUCUCCAUCAUACAUCAUCAAUUGCCCAAUGGCCACACACUACUGAACGAGGAAGGAGGCGGAGGAGGCAAUCCAAAUGAUGUAUUCACCCUAUUAGAUGCUGAUAGCAUGGGUUGUGGAGGCACAAGAGGGGGGGGAACUAUGCCACCACCUGUGCCAGAGAUAACAAGCGGUCUGGCUCAGCAUCGGAGAACGUUGGAGGAACAGUUUAAGACCAGAGUUGCAAAAGACAGUAUUGCUAUAAUUCUCGAACCUGGAGUGAAGGUUAAAGUUCGGCUUUCCUUUACACCGCCUGAUGAAAAGAUACAUUCGACGGUAUUACUGGUACGGAAUAACCUGACAGUAAUAGAUGCCAUGCUGGUGCAGGGUCGAGGAGGGAGAGGAUUUUUAAAAUUUGGCAAUCGCAAGCCCGGAUCAGCUAUGCCUCUUGCCUUCAACAUUGGGGCCAAACACUUAAAAGACUGUGAUAAUGGCAGAAGCUCGAAAUAUUAUCAACCCAACUUCACAGUGAAGCGUUCAUUUAUGGCGCGCAACACUGGGGAGCUUCCAGUACAGGUGUGGGGCUUCAACAUCAAUGAUUUACCAUGUGAAGGGUAUGGGUUCAAGGUUCUUAACUGUGAGGGGUUUCAACUUGCCCCAAAUGGAAGUCACAAAGUUGAUAUAGCAUUCACUCCAGACUUCACGCUCUCCAAAAUACAACAACGGCUAGUCAUUCACACCAGUUUAGGGUUGAUAGGAGGACUGGAUGAAGGCAUGGUUUGGGUUACUAAAGAUGAACCAGGUAGAGUUGAAUACUCUCUAGUUGCAACAGUACCCACACACCUGUUGGCAGAAUGUGGAGCUGCAGUGCCAAGACCAACGUGGGAACCACUUCUUUAUUAUGCCAUAUUACCCCUAAUGGUGGCCAUGUUAAUUGGGGCAGUUAUUCUCUCCGCCCUAGAAGCUGACCAUAUUCUUAAGACGACAAUAAUAGCUAUGACCACCUCUUUGCCUGCUAAUGGGCACACACCAGGCUUUGACAAAAGUAAAGUGUUUGAUCUAAGAACCCUUAGCCAUGCAGAUUCUAAAAACAUGAUGUCCGUUAAAAAUGGCUUUGCCAAUGGCCACACACACAUGGAAAGCAUUAAAAGUAAUAGUCCACUUAAUUCAAAUAUAAGCAGCAAGAAAAUGUCAAUGGUGUCACCCCUUGGUGAUAUAAUGACAAAUGGUCGCAAGCCAUGCUCAGGAUCUAGUAGUAAAAAAGUAAGCAACAAUCAGAUCACAAAUUCUAGUACAAAAUCAAAGUAUCUAAAACAGUCUGAUUCUAAGUCAUGUCAGUCUGUUGGAGAUACUUUCUCUGGUAUCUCUGAUAAUUCUGCCACAACAGUUCAAAGUAAAAGUAGUAAAUGUAAAGGAAAUAAUUCCAAAGGAAAUAAUAGAAAUGUCGAGUCUAUGUCUUGGACAAGAUUUUUUCAGAGAGCCGUGGGCAAGAAAGAAGAAAGCAACACAGAAACUAGUGAUUCUUCAGUUGGCAAAAAAUCUUCGAAUGCUUCUAAUAGAGAAGAUUCUUCAAUACAAAAGCAGUCUGUAGGAACAGAAACUGAUUUACACAUUGUUGAAACAUAUCCCAAGUUAAGACGGCGCAUGAAGCAAAGCAAUGAGGAAGAAACGUCUUCGACGACAACGGAAAGUUCGAAUACAGACGACUUGUCCAUUAGUGAACGGGACACUCCAUCAAGCAAAUCAUCAGACAUGACCUCAUCGAGUGGGAAGGUGCCCAAAAGAAGGGCAGGUAAGACUAAAAGCUCAACUAGUAAAAGUCUUAAUGGCCAAGGCUCACCCACAUCUCCAAACCAAAAUGAAGAUAAUUCUGGUUUUGAAAUUAGCACCAAAUAUAAGGGGCUGAAGAGAUGUAAAGAUCCAGCUGGACGUAAUUUUGGCUGCGAUAUUUUUCAACCCAAUACUCUUGAGCUGCCAUACACGCUCAAACCAAUUCGCAAUAGAGAAUCUGAUCGAGACAAAGACAAUCAAAAAUCAACUAGAACAAAUGUUAUUAGAAGUGCUGAAUCCAGCGAGAGUGUGGGUAGUGGGAGGUCGUCUCCAACACCUAACUGGGAAGAAGCACGACAACCCUCAGAGGAUAACUUGUCAGACUUGCAGACUUCAAACUUUGCAGCCACACAUCUAAAACCUCCAUCUCAACCACAGCCAUUGGCACCUAGAGAAUCCUCGUACUCGGCUAUACUGUUAGGCACGGAUAAACAGAAAGCUAAAGUAAUGCCAUUUGCCAAGGUUCCACCAGAGAUCAAGAGAGUCGAAAAGCCUUUAGGGGUAAUUGGCCAGAAAGUGAGCAAUGCUAGUAACAGCAGCAACAACAGCAAUAACUUGGGUACUUUACAUGGGGUGUCCACUCCUGCAACAAGUGUGGCCUCCAUGUCCUCUUCUCCGUUUUUCACCGUGUCCGAAAAUAAUUAUUCUCACCGACUGAAGGAAGAUCCUUAUGCAAGAAAUGUGUAUAGUGGCUAUGUGGAUAAUGGAUGUGUGGCUGCUAGUCAAGCCGGUAACAGUAUUCACUCGUGGGAUCCUAAGACAUUGAGUGCUCCAACCUUGAGACCACCACCUGGGUUAGCUCAGUCACAAGAGACUGCUCAUCGACAUGGCUCACUUUCAGGAGACGAGGAAAGACCACGUUACUGCCCUUCUCAAGUUGGAGGUUCACUCUGGCCUGAUGGAAGUGGUUAUCAUCAUGAUGGAAUAGUUCUCAACUCUGGCAACACAUCGGCACCAAGCUUGUGGGACUCGCUGUCAAACAUUUGGUCACCCCCAUUCUCAUCCUCAAGUCAAGGAUCGUCUCCACAGUCUUCACCAGCAUCACCGUGGGGAACAACUCUCACUCAGGCACCAUCAUCUGGAGUAAAUGAUGCUAGUGGGGCUGUAUCAAAAGGUCUUGGCUUUGAUCCCUUCUGUUCUGUGAGCAACAUUUGGUCUGCACCUGCUAACCAUCCUGGAGACUUGUGGCCACCACCUAGUUCCAAGAAGGAUGCUUAGACUGCUGUACAAAGUACACGUUUACAUCCUCACCGCUCAUACUGCACUCUUCAUCUAAAAGAACAAACACAACAAAAUUUUAUUUUGAUGCUUUGGUUUUUACACUUGAAAAAGAAAGAUAAUAAUAAUGAGCAGGCCUCUGUGCAUUAUCUUCUAUGGAAUAUUUCAAAAUUUAUUUUAUUUUUAUGUACUUGACUGGUUUACUUUUUUUUUUAGUCGCAUGGAAUUAAAUUCCAUAUUAGUUAAGGAAGGCCUUUUACUUAAUGAAGUAUAUUUGUUCUUUGAUAUUGUGAAGUUUUAUUUGGAAGGUUAAUUGUCAUCUUUGGCCAAUGACUGGUAAAUUAAACAAGCAGUGUUUUUCUCUGAGGAAAUGCAACAACUUGAGGAGCAAACACAGAAUUAUGCACUGAGGGGCAUAGUUUUUUAAAAGAAUAAAUAUUGGUUUAUAAUUUUUUAAAACAUUCUUAAUAACUGAGACAUCAGUUAAAUUUCUUAUGAAAGAAUGACCCGGUAAUUUUAUUUAAUUACAAAAAGAGAAGAGACCGUUUUAAUUUUGACAGUUUUAAGUUUAUAGAGCUCUCAUUUGUCUUUUGUAAUGAUUUUGACACUUUUUAGUUUACAGAGCUCUCAUAUGGAGUGAAGACUUUUUAUUUACUGUAAUCUUUGUGCCAUAUUGAAAGAUUAUGUUUGCUAAAUGCAAUCAUUGCUGGUUGUGUACAGAACAGAUUUGGACUUUACUCAGCCAUGUCAUUGCUAUUAUAAAUCAAUGUAUUGAUUGACUUCAAAAUAAUUUCAAACUCUUUUAAAAAAUUAUUCACAUGCUUAAAAUAUCUGCCUCAAAUAAGGGAUGGCCUUGGAAAUGGAGGAGGCAGUCUAAAGGUGUGUUGUUCAGCCCAUCCUGGUAGCCAGUAUUUCAGAGGUGGCAGUAGUACAGUCAACUGAAGGAUGACCAUAUCAUGUCUCAUACCAAGACAACUUGACUAGGAAAUUUUUGUGCAGUCCAUCAAGAGCAAAACUAGUUUGUGAGCGAAUUGGUCGCCAUAUUUUGACUGUACCUACAGCCUAGUAAUCCAACCAGUAUUGUGUGUUCUCCCACUCUCAGUAUUUGAUUAUACUCAUAGAUAUGGAAACCCCAUAAGUCUAGUUUCCUACUAUCAAGAACUCGAGACUGAGCAGAUUGUCAGACAAACCAACAGUGUUUUUGAUGGACAAAUAAAAUGAUGAAUUGAA